ACCGCUGACGCUUCCCGACCCAGGGGCUUCGAGCCCAACAUCGUUGUUGCAGCGCGAGACGAUCAAUCACCCACCUGAUACAAAGGCCCGAACAUGUUCUCUUGGCUGCAAUCCACAAUCUCCAAUGCUCUACCAUCUGUGCCCCUAAACUUACAGCAACGAUUCUUUUCCUUCGUUCUCAAGAGAGCCCUCGGACGUUUCGUCCAUCCAGACCAACUUGAUGCAUUCCAGAUCGAUGCUCAGAUAGGUAAUGGACAGAUUGAAAUUAGCAACGUUCAUCUUGCUACGGAUACUAUAAACGAGGCGAUCCGUGAUCUUCCUUUCCAACUCCGAAAUGGGUUUGUCGGGAGAAUAACUGUUAACAUUCCAUGGUCGAAUAUAUGGAGUGCUCCCAUUACUGUAUCAUUGGACACACUGAACACCACAUUCUCGCUUCCCAGGGCAGCUGAUCCAUCUGCCCUUAAACCUGGCUCACUAGACCGGAAUUUGUCGCAGUCUGUUUCAAAUCUGGCAGAGAGUUUUGUGCUCCAAGAGCUUGGUCAGGAAGACACUCUGAAACUGCGGGAGUCGAUUGCACCCAACGCAGGGAACGCUACGCAGACAGGUGCCUUUCGCGUGCCUGGCGGUUUGGACCCCUUCAUGAUGGCCGGCGGUGACGCCGAGGAUGACGCCGAGGAUGGCGAUGAAGAGGGAGACUUUCAAGGAGCAUCUGUCUUCGCCUCGCUGACAGAGUGGCUCAUCAAUCGUUUGAAGAUCUCCGUCCUCAAUGCUCAUGUUUCGAUAAUCGACGAGAGGUGCAAAAUUGCUGUUUUCAUCCCCGAUUUCUCAUAUGGUCCCAUUGGUCCCGCCUGUGAUGAUUCGUUGCCUAGUUGUACCGGUCAGGAGAGGGUUUUGCGGGUAAAUGGGCUAUCCAUCACCAUGAAAGAUCUCGCGCCUCAUCCUGUACAAUCAAUGUCAAAUGUUUCCGUUCGUGAAGAUUCCUUGUUCACAUCAGAUGGCUCCGAUGACGACGAUGCCGCUCGGACGAUGUUGUCGCAGAGUGUCGCUUCACUGCCGCCGCCACCCAGCGUUUACCAGAGUGCUCUGUCCCUUCCGCUUGGUCCCGAUACUUGUGACUCAGCAGAGUCAACCAUGUUAUCAAUGACCGAACUCCUCAUAACUGUUGAGCCCGUGUCUUCCCCAUCUCGGGACCCUAUUCCCGCCGGCGUGGAAUCACAGGCCUCGAGGGUGCAAGGGCAGACGCAGUCUCCUUCAUUAGGCUCAAAUAAUCAAUGGAUCUCCAUCAAUGUGCAACUGGGGACCGUUGCUUGCGCUUUCCAAAGAUAUCAGUUGAAUUCUUUGCUGUCUAUUUCUCAUCGUUUCUCCAGGCAAGAUGUCCCUACGCAUACAUCUAAGUCUUCUAAGUCAUCACCUCCCCCAUCACCUUCAAAGUUUCUUGAACUGUCGCUACGUUUGAAAUCAUUCGUCAGCGUGUUCCUGUUGGAUUUGGAACAAUGUGAGGCCACUUCUUCGAAUCCGUCGGGGGGGCAUUUUCCCAUUAAUAUCCACCUGUCGACUUUCUUUCAAAAACCCUAUCGUAACAUCCCAUUCUUCCAACAACUCCGAGUCCAGGCUGACGAUUUAGAGGCAGUGUCCGCUUUGGACAGGAGUCAGUACACUUCGCGGGACAGGAAUGGCAGAUUACCUCUACGUGGUCACCUUGCGGACUUCUACAUGGCACUGAUCAGUCCGCGCGAAUCGGGGAAUGCAUUGACUGACUGUCAAAUGGAUUGUAUCGCUUCUCCUAUUAUCCUUUUUGACCCAAACCUCACCCCGGUUCCGGGCGCUUUGACAUCGCAUUAUCUGCCAAGGGACAGCAGCGCCUUGGUCCAGCGCAUGUUUCCUGUCGGCGAUAUUACUAGUGAUUCCCAAUGGGAUAAACACCAAGGUGCCCAUUUCAAACCGUCAGCGUGGCGGAAAUCACGAUUGCCCCCGAAAAUGACUCAUAAUGCUCCUGCUAUUGAUUCUAGCACUACCAAAUCGAUGGUUUUCCAUGAAACUAUUGAAGGGGACAUAUUUACCGUCUCCGUUUCCCUUCUUCCUCUGCAUCUUUUUGUGGACCUCGAUACUCUUAUGCAAACCAUGCCGUUUGUUGACGGGAUAUUCCAGGGUCUAUCUGAUGACAAUCUUGAAGCCUAUUCCGAUCCAGAUAGUGAUGAUGAGAGUCCUAUCUUAGACAUAGAUCAAGGUCAGGAUGCAAACUCCGAGGAGUUCCCCUUCGACACACCUCGUCCUCGUCAGUUGGAUCUUCCUUUAGUCGAUCCAGUAUCCCCGUCUUCCUCGUCUGGGACCUUAAUCAGCAUCAAAAUGGUGCGGGUCGAACUGCGGACACCACCAACAGUGAUUCGCGGCCAAGUCUUGCCUCGACGCUCGGGUGCCUUGACAUUUGACAUAUGUGGGAUAUCAGCAGUUACCGGUGGGUCUCAAUCCGGGCAGGAGUGUGGACAAAGAGGCCAAAAGCGUGCUGUAUUUAUGGUUCCUUCAAUAGAUAGGCAGCCUGAAUUUGAGCCGAAUCUUUCGAUCGUUCACGGGGCGGAAUCGUGUCCCCUUCUCCGAAUAGAAUGGGAAUUGAUCUGCUUAGCUUUUGCUAAACCUCCAGAGAAUACUGCUAUUGGGGUUCUCAGCAUUGGGCCACUAUCUCCACCAUCCUCCUCACACCCUUCAGAAACUCGUCUUAAUGACCUAGACAAACCUUUCCUACCUUACGUGUCGGCUUCCCAAUCAACCAUAUUGACCGAAGGGAAUUCGCGUUCUCUUGUCAAUGUGGCUGCGGCACUGCCGUCGAUCCGCUUAUCCUUGGGAAAACCACAACUCGACCUUGUUCAGCUAUGGGCGGAUGAUGUAGCUCAAUGGAUUGAACGCUUCGCAGAGUCCCGGACUGCUGAAGCAAGAACGCGAGAGAUAUUCUACAGUCACAAUACGAGUUUGAUCGGGAGCAGAUUUUUCUCAAGGCGUCCUAAGUCAUUAUCUAGCUCGUUUACAACAACAAGCGGAGCCAACACCGCAUCAUCAUUGAGGAAUCCCGUGAACUCCACAGAAGUGUGCAUCAAGUGCUCCGUGACUGAAGGCUCUAUACAGCUGUGGAUACCUAGGUCCGAUGCGUCCGGCAGUUCGGGUUUGCCUUCCAAACCCGUGAAUUUAGACGUGUUUGAAGUCGAUGCCAUGUUGACUUCAAAGCCCUCUGGUAAGGAUGAAAUGAUAAUCCAGCUUUCGAUCAUAGAUGUCCACAUUUUUGAUACCGGAGCUAAUGACGAAGCCACGGCGUUAUUGUAUCUGACCACCCAGCGUCUGCCUGGUGUUGACCUAGUGCCAAUGGUCAAGAUUCGUUUCGCCUCUGUGAACAUGAGUGACAAAGCAGCCAAGGAAUCUCGCAUCAAAAUUUCUUUAUGGGGCUCAACGUACCAACUUCUCGGCCAGGGUUCAUGGUUUGACGAUAUCGGCCGAUAUGCGAGGGCUCCGGAAGGUGCAUUUGAAUCAGUCGUACCGAGCGAGAGAACAGUAUUUUCCGUUCAUGUGGAAGAUUUUUCGGUGAAGCUACUUGCACCCCUCCACCCCGGCUCAAUCGUUUUGGCCUUCAAUAAUGCACAUGUUUCUGCCGAUCUUGUCGGAAAAUCGCCCGAAUCUCGUUUCAAGACUGAAAUUACUUCUGCUUGGCUAUUCUGCAUCGACACUCUUUCCUCUUCCCACGCCGUUCGCCGUGGCUCAAGACCUGGGAAAUUGCUCCAAGCAUCAGAUUAUUGGAAGAGGACUGGAUUCGCACCCCUAGUAGAGCUCAACGAAUUGGUAGCUGACAUAAGGCGCAAUGUUGAUCCUGAUCAAGUUGCAAAUAAGGUGUUAAUAUCAGACAUGAAUUUGCUGAUUGGCAUAUGCGCGGACUCGCUGUCCUCUGCAUCUUCGUUCAUUUCUGACUUUUCCAAUGGAGUAUCACCCCCAGAUGAGGAGCCAAGGAUUAUUCCACGAGCACCACCGAUGGUUAGCCGAGGGGGGUCGAGCGACCUUCUAGCCAGUCUAGACGAACAUGCCUUUCGGGACCUCUCAGAGCUCGGAGAAAUGGCUGACAUGAUCAACGACGAUCUUCCUAGCAAUGCAGACUACUUGGAUACAUCCUUUGGUGCCGCCGCCGGCGUGAGGGAUAUCGUAGACGAAGAUUUAGACGAUGUGGAAGAUGAGCAGAGCUUCCACGAUGAUGCGCAGACCCAGGAUGCUCCAGACAGCAUCGUGUCGACUUUUGGUGGCGAAACGAUUCGAAUAUUCGAGCCGAACGGCUUGAGACCUGUCGAGAAUUAUUUUGAUUCUUUGGUUCCCGAGGAUCUGACAGUCAGCCAUGAGGAACUGCGGACGGUUAUCCGUGCAGAGAAUUGCAAUAUAACUUUAUCCCUUCAUUCUGGUUUCGACUGGCACCGCACGCGACGAAUCGUUGAUGACGAAGUACGCACGAUGCGCCGCAAGUUGCUCAAGAUCAGACAUCUUGUGGCAGCAGGGGGUCAAGUUCCAGACGAUAGCAUCGAAGAAACACACGCUUUGCUCUUCAACUCCGUAUAUAUUGGUAUUCGCCCAGAAGUGAACAUCAACGAACCCAACGCGCUCAUGGAAGCAAUAGACGAGGAACUCCAAGAUGAUUUCGAUGAUACGGCCACUCAAAGUUCAUGGCAAUCCUUGCAUCGCGAGCCAAUGGCUUCUAACGCUGUCGCGGAAGAAAACCCGGGUGAUUCAAGGAACCCGAACUUGAAGCGAUCGAGGCACCCUUCAGUUCAACUCUGUUUCGCUGGAGCGAAGAUAGAAUAUGACGGAUACGGAGCCAGGUCGGACACAGCUUCUAGGCUCCUUUUGAUGUCGAAAGAUGUGGAGAUUUUAGAUCACAUAAAGUCUUCUACGUGGAGGAAAUUUUUGACUCAAAUGCGCGAGGACUUGAAGGGGAAUGUUAGGGAAACUGGGUCAGAUAUGCUGAGGAUUGAGUUGCUAAGUGUUCGACCGGUCAGAGGUAAUCCUUCGGAAGAGGCUAGACUCAAGGCGAAGAUCUUGCCUUUGCGCCUUCAUGUGGACCAGGAUGCACUCGAUUUCAUCAAAAAAUUCUUUGCUUUCAAAGAUCCGGAUGCUCCUCAGGCACCCGAAGAGCUGGAGUCUGAUAGCAGCGAAAUCUAUUUCCAACACGUCGAUGUCUUUCCGGUGGAGAUCAAGUUGGAUUAUAAACCCAAACGAGUGGACUACAGGGCGUUGAAAGAAGGUCGUACGCUCGAAUUGAUGAACUUUUUCCACUUUGAUGGAUCGGAAAUGACUCUGAGACACAUAGAGAUGUUUGGAGUCACAGGUUGGGCACGGAUGUUUGACAUGCUGAAUGACCUCUGGUCUCCAGACGUAAAGGCGAAUCAACUCGCGGACGUCAUCUCCGGUAUCGAGCCCAUUCGCUCGGUGGUCAAUGUUGGUUCGGGUGUGGCGGAUCUCGUCCUACUUCCCAUUGAACAGUACAAGAAAGAUGGAAGAAUUAUCAGAGGACUGCAGAAGGGUACUACGUCGUUCGUGAAGAGUACAGCCAUGGAGGCUAUUAGACUUGGUGCACGCUUGGCAAAUGGGACUCAAAUCAUUCUUGAACACGCAGAAAACGUUCUUGGGGGUAGAGCCGUUGGGGCAGGUGGUGCCGGCGAUGUUUCGAUGUACUCCACCGCUGGUGGUGGCUAUGAGGAAGGAUGGACCAGAGCGGAGUUACAUGGUGUAGUGGAGGAUUCAUGGUCAGAUGAAGAGGAACUUGAAGAUUUACUGGUGUCAGGUAGGACACCACCCGAGGUUGUUAGCCGGUAUGCGAAUCAACCCAGGGAUGUGAGGGAGGGUUUGCAGAGUGCGUAUGUGAGCUUGGGAAAGAAUUUACAAUCGGCUGCUCAGACGAUUUUGGCUGUGCCGAUGGAGGUUUACGAGCGUUCGGGUUCGGGCGCGGAGGGUCCUGUUCGAGCUGUCGUCCGAGCCGUACCUAUCGCUGUGCUCAAGCCGAUGAUCGGCGCGAGCGAGGCGGUGAGUAAGACGCUCCUCGGAUUGAGAAACUCGCUGGAUCCAGGAGCUAAGAGGGAUAUUGAUGAGAAAUAUAAGAAGAUAUGAUGGCUUGGGGGCUGAGUAAUCCUCUGCGCGUUCUCGUUAGUCAUCCGUUGGUUUCUUUUUCUCUCCAUUCGUAUGUACUUUUAAAUUCUUUCAUUUUUCGUUGCUGUUUUCGUUGUUGUACAAUAUGGCAUUUUUUCUCAUUCUCAUUCGUUGUAACUCCACGUGUAGAGACAUGUUCUGCUUUUGCAUUUGGUCAAAGAUACUAUACAAGGAUGCGUUGCUUGCGCGCGCGCGCG